GGAGUCAUUUUGGAACUCAUUUUAUAUUUUGGUGAAAAUUUAGUUUUCAGCAAAAAGACAUAAGUUUAAGAUAUUUUAUUUAUUUAAAGUUCAUUUCGAAGCUGCAGUAUUUAUUAAAAGUAUUUUUGUUUGAUAAUCGUUCAUUAUUGUUGAAGGAAAUCAUUUUUAUAUUCUCGAAACAUUUAAGAUAAGAAUUUCACAUCUGAUAGAUAUUUAUUUUGGCAUUUGUCACUUUAGAUUUUCUCUUUGUUAGGCUUUAUUUUUAUCAAUUUAAGAUGUUUUAGCGACAAGCUAAGUGGACACAAUCAGACAUGUUUUUUACUAAUUCCAUUGUCCGGUAAACACAAACAAGUUGUUGUGUAAACAACCUAUGUCUAGGUAACCUGGUCAAUUAGGGUUCUUUGUCCUGUCCAGCAAAGACCUUUCCACGCCCCUUUUUACCCCAAAAUAUCAGGGUAACUAAGAUAGCUUGAUUGUUUAACGAAUCUGAUUGGACGAACCUGAAACAGUAACGCAAAAUCGAACAAGUGAAUUUCGGUCCCAAAAGUGGCAUUAUCGAAUGCGCUUUAGAAGAUAUAACAUCUAAAACCUACUUCACUGUGUUUGUUAUAACUGUUUUCAGGUGAGUCAAGUAUUUUUAUCUAUUAUUUUAUUUAAUUGCAUCAUGAAACUUCGUUAAGUUUCAUUUCCAUUUUAUUUUAGUAAAGUUGAUUUCUCGAUCAGUGUAAAUAGAUGUAUAUAUGUUCAAAAAAAAGGUUGGUUUAUUCUUCACAAACUUUCUAUACUCAAGGGAAUUUUUAAACGCGUUAUAGAAUUAAGUUUUACGCUCGCAUGUUGGAAAUGAUAAUUUUAACUUAUCGCUUGUUCAUACUUAAUACAAUUUAAGGUCAGUUCCACAAGGAUAAGAUAUUGAUUAUUUUAAUAAACGCGUUAUGCGUAAUAUUUUCACAUGUGUAGGUUAAUUUAAUAAGAAAUUAUUUAUCGUAAACUAUUCUUGUCGUUUAGUCCUAUUUUUAUUAUGAGUCAUGAAUUUUUGAUACAAAGCAAGCUCGUAUAAUUUAAUAGCUAGUUUUCCCCAAUUCAUAUUAUAUUGUUUCAUAUUUAUAUUAUUUGCAUAUUCGCGAUUAGUUUCGUAAUGCUAAGUUUAGUCUCGAUUUCGAAUAUUUCUCAACCAAUGCUCAUUGUCGGAAUUGAUUAUUUUUGGGUUGAUAGGUUUAUAGUUUAAGCUUUUACAAGCGCCACAUAUAUGCUCUACCGUGUUUAUAUUUCGAAAGAUACCAGAUCUCAAUAUGUUCUUACAUAUGUACAUCCCCCUAGUCAAAAUAUUAUAUACUCAUUAUUUUAUGCUGUUCGGCACGUGCUUUAUGCUCUGUUAGGUUCAAAUAGUCGGUCUCGCAUUAUGCUCAUAUAUUUAAUAUUAAGUCCGCAUCUUGCUCAUAUAUUUGAAUGCUAAAUAAGCUUUUAUUUAUAAGAAAUAUUAUAAGCAUACGUGUUCGUCAGUUUAAAUGCAUAUGCUCAUGCAUUUACAUAAAAUUUGUAUACUAUAGAUAUUAAUUGAUCAUUUAUAUGAAUUAUAUGUUUCUAUUAUUUGUAUUAUAUACUAUUAUAUUGUGUAAAAUAUAUAUCAUUAUCGAAUGCGCUUUAGAAGAUAUAACAUCUAAAACCAACUUCACUGUGUUUGUUAUAACUGUUUUCAGGCCCUUACCCAUACUCAUUAGUCCGUAAGGUGUGCUGUUGGUUAAGUCCAACCAUAACAGGCAAACGACAGUCCACACAACCCAGCAUCCGACAACUCAGAUAACAGUCAGAAACCCAACUCUGAUAACUGGCGGAGACCCUAGUUCAACAAUACGGUACCUCACUAGUAUAUGUAUUGGUUGAGAUCACAAGACGUAAUAGAACGAGACAUGCCAGCCCCAGAAAAUGCAGCAGGUCAGCAGGAAGCCGAAAUAAUCCAAGUUCCGGUCAACCCACCAGCAGAAGUCAUGGCACCACUCAACGUUCCAAUCGUUCCAGCCCCUCAAGGACCGCCACCUGGUUUCCCUGUGCAAAGAUACAACGUGAACAUAGAAUUGUUCACGGGAAAAGGUAAUGUUACCGCAUUAGAAUGGUGGACAAUGUUUGUAACAUUUGUCACACUCCAGAGGAUGCCAGAAGCGGAUGCCCUUCUGGUUUUCCCUUUUCAUUUAGCCGGGGUAGCUAAAGCAUGGUUUAACACCCUUGAUACACAGACAAAAAGCACAUUUAACAAUUUAAAAGCAGCAUUUUUACAACGCUUUAAACCUACACUAAAUGCAGGAGUUAAAAUAACAGAACUAAGACAAUACGCUUAUGAAACUGUCGACGAAUAUAUCGACAGAGCUUUAAGUUUAAAUUCAAAUAACUGUGUUUCUGAGGAAUUUCUCAUUUCAGUGACCGAGAAGGGUUUCAAGAAGGGUAUGGGACAUAUCAUACUCCCCAAUCGGUCAAAGACCAUGCAUGCCCUACGAGAAAUUGCCAAUGUUGCCGAAAUGACUAUCGCUGUGUCUGGUCAGCCACAGAUGGAGGACAUUACAUCCACCAUCAAUCAAGCUGUAUGUUCUGCAGUCAAAUCGGUUGAAGCCAACAUGCUAGAUAGCAUCAUGACAAGAAUGGACACAACAUUAUCCGCCAUGAACCGACCAGACCGCAGACCAGAUUACAGACCAGAACAGCACAGAGUCAAGUUCAACACACAGCAAAACCACCAGUACAGUACCAAAUCAGAUGAAUGUGGUUAUUGUGGGGGCAAUUUUGGGCUUGGUCAGCGAGUUUUUAUAUACACUAUUAUGAUGGUCAUUUUUUGUGGUGUAUCAGUUGGUGCCAUGACAGCCAAAGAAACAGACAUAGUACAAAGAAUAAAUUAUGGUGUGAUUUUUAAAGAAGAAACAAAAUUGUAUUUAGCUAAGGAGUCCUGGUUACACACAUUCAAGGUGUCAUUACCUGAACAUUUUAGUUUACCAAACAUAAGUUUUUGUAAUGAAAACUCUACCCAAUGUGAUUAUUUCAAUUCCAUUAUUAAUUUUGUUCGCCAUUUACAGGACACCACAAAAAUUCAUUUGAUAGAGUCAAUUAGGAGUAUUAAAACACUAAUUCCCCAAAAUGAUAUUUUAUUAAAAAAGCGCAAUGCACGCUCAUUUUUACCAUUCAUAGGCUCAUUAGCUAAAGGUUUAUUUGGCACUGCAACCAUGGGAGAUGUAAAUUUACUGGCUAGCCAUAUCAACCAAAUAAAUCAAAGAACAAGAUUAAUGGCUAGGGCUCUAGAGCAACAUGGAGAUCACUUGUCUUCAUUUAUGUCACUAGUUGACAAAAGAACAACCAAUCUGAUGGAUGGAAUUCAACAAAACUCAGUAGAAAUUCUUGCCAUUGCAAACAAAUUUCAGAUGUCAUUAGAGAACACCCAAAGUUUUUUCCUUAACACGACCACAUUACUAACAGAGCUCACUAACAAAGGCAACAUGCUCAGAAGCAAAGUGGACCAAUUUCAGGCAGCAAUCCAAAGUUUGGUCGAAGGGCGGAUCUCACCAUUCUUAUUGCCAAAACAUACUCUAACACUAGCUCUGCAUAAAAUCCAAACCAUCUUAACAAAUUCAUAUCCUGGAUUCUACUUAACACAACCUCACCCAUCCUAUUACUAUACUAAUUCAAAUUUCAUGUUUAUGCGUAACCACUCUAAACUUUUCAUUACCCUUCGUUUUCCUAUAUCUUCACUCACUCACCCUCUUCGUCUUUACAAGAUCUUGUCACUUCCUGUUCCUGUAAAUAAUUCUCUCAAGCAUGCUACUAAGUUACUAGAUCUACCUGAUUUCUUUGCUAUAACACAUCAGCAUGACUAUUAUUUACAUAUCUCAGCUAACGAACUAAGUAACUGCAAGCAUGAAUCAAUAGUCACGUGCAAUUUUAACAAGGCACUCAUACCAACGCAUGUUCCACAAUGCACUAUUGGAUUGUUCAAUAACGACAUCAACCAGGUUUCACAAUUCUGUGAUUUCCGAUUUCUGAAAAACCAUUUGACCCAUGACAUCAUUGAAUUGAGUUCCACAUCAGUAUUGGUGUAUCAAAGUGAUUCGCUUGCACUCAAUUGCCCAGGUAAACAAACCACUUUACCUGGUUGCAAGUUCUGUGUUAUUCAGUUACCGUGCAAGUGUUCACUGUCUACAGUAUCUUUAUACUUACCUCCCAGAUUGGUCAACUGUUAUAAUAAAACCUCAGAACUGUCAGUGUUCCAUCCAAUUAAUUUAGCAGUUUUACAAGAAUUUUUCAAUCAAAAUAAGUUAAAAACUAUUUUAGGAGAUUCUUUAUUUUCAAAUCAAAUCAGUAUGACAAUACCAAAUUUUAAAUUUUAUACUCAUAAUAUGUCUAAUAUUUUAGCUGCAGACCACGAAGUACAUUUAAGUUUAAAGAAAAUGUCUGCUGCAGCUAGAAAUGAUUCCCUUAUAUUUAAGUCUUUAACUGAACCACUUUUAUAUGGUCAAAUUAAAUUGCAAUCUGAGUGGCCUGAUUUAAACGCCAUUUUGAUUUUUGUCGCUAUUGGAAUAGCGUCAGUAACAUUUCUAUUUUUUAUAUUCAUGUUUUUGAAAUUUCGUCGAAUGGCAACUGCCAUUUUAGUACUGCAACAAGUUGUAAAAUCAAAAUCAGACAGCGUUCCAUCAUUUAUUUACCAUAAAGUUACUGCAACACCUGCACCAAAUGAUAUUUCAAUUCUUGAAAAGUUUAUAACAUCAGAAUUUACAUGGUUACAUGCUUCUGUUAUACUAAGUUGUUUAGUACUUGUGCUUUUAUCAGUACUUGUUUACUUCCUGUAUCGUCGAAGAAAUUCAAAAUGCACUCGGGUUUACCUAGAAAUAACGUCCGGUGGUGAUUGUGUUACAAUACCCAUAAUAAACUUAUCAUUGUGUCCAUCGUACUACGAUUUCUCAACACCGUCAGUGCAAAACAUUACAAUUUCAGCUCUUCCUUAUUCUAAAUUGUUUUUUCUGUGUUCUUCAUUUGUCAUUACCAAUAAAUUAACAAUGAAAACUGUACAAAUUCCAGAUUCAGUCAGCAUAGGAUAUCUAACUCGAAGAAGACUUAACAAAAUUUUAAUGCAAUCUUUUAAUGCGUAUGUUCUAGUUACGCACCAACGUUUUGCUACUGUAUUAAAUCCAGCCAGUUUUGGUUCAUAGUUGAAAAGUCAGUUUUAGACCCAAUUUUCGUAUAGGUGAUGCAAUGGACAAUACUUUUUAUAUGACCUUAUUACUCAGGACUAAGUUAAUUAUAUAUAUUCUUUUGUAUAUUUUGUAUAUUUUGUAUAUAUUGUGUGAUUUGUUUGUUUUUAAUUUGAUUAUAUAUGUUUAUUAUUUACAAAUGUAUGAUUACUAUUUUCCAGAUAAAAUUAGUUCAUGAUUUCGGGACGAAAUCAGCUGAAGUAGGGGGGAGUUGUCAUGGAGUCAUUUUGGAACUCAUUUUAUAUUUUGGUGAAAAUUUAGUUUUCAGCAAAAAGACAUAAGUUUAAGAUAUUUUAUUUAUUUAAAGUUCAUUUCGAAGCUGCAGUAUUUAUUAAAAGUAUUUUUGUUUGAUAAUCGUUCAUUAUUGUUGAAGGAAAUCAUUUUUAUAUUCUCGAAACAUUUAAGAUAAGAAUUUCACAUCUGAUAGAUAUUUAUUUUGGCAUUUGUCACUUUAGAUUUUCUCUUUGUUAGGCUUUAUUUUUAUCAAUUUAAGAUGUUUUAGCGACAAGCUAAGUGGACACAAUCAGACAUGUUUUUUACUAAUUCCAUUGUCCGGUAAACACAAACAAGUUGUUGUGUAAACAACCUAUGUCUAGGUAACCUGGUCAAUUAGGGUUCUUUGUCCUGUCCAGCAAAGACCUUUCCACGCCCCUUUUUACCCCAAAAUAUCAGGGUAACUAAGAUAGCUUGAUUGUUUAACGAAUCUGAUUGGACGAACCUGAAACAGUAACGCAAAAUCGAACAAGUGAAUUUCGGUCCCAAAAGUGGCAUUAUCGAAUGCGCUUUAGAAGAUAUAACAUCUAAAACCUACUUCACUGUGUUUGUUAUAACUGUUUUCAGGUGAGUCAAGUAUUUUUAUCUAUUAUUUUAUUUAAUUGCAUCAUGAAACUUCGUUAAGUUUCAUUUCCAUUUUAUUUUAGUAAAGUUGAUUUCUCGAUCAGUGUAAAUAGAUGUAUAUAUGUUCAAAAAAAAGGUUGGUUUAUUCUUCACAAACUUUCUAUACUCAAGGGAAUUUUUAAACGCGUUAUAGAAUUAAGUUUUACGCUCGCAUGUUGGAAAUGAUAAUUUUAACUUAUCGCUUGUUCAUACUUAAUACAAUUUAAGGUCAGUUCCACAAGGAUAAGAUAUUGAUUAUUUUAAUAAACGCGUUAUGCGUAAUAUUUUCACAUGUGUAGGUUAAUUUAAUAAGAAAUUAUUUAUCGUAAACUAUUCUUGUCGUUUAGUCCUAUUUUUAUUAUGAGUCAUGAAUUUUUGAUACAAAGCAAGCUCGUAUAAUUUAAUAGCUAGUUUUCCCCAAUUCAUAUUAUAUUGUUUCAUAUUUAUAUUAUUUGCAUAUUCGCGAUUAGUUUCGUAAUGCUAAGUUUAGUCUCGAUUUCGAAUAUUUCUCAACCAAUGCUCAUUGUCGGAAUUGAUUAUUUUUGGGUUGAUAGGUUUAUAGUUUAAGCUUUUACAAGCGCCACAUAUAUGCUCUACCGUGUUUAUAUUUCGAAAGAUACCAGAUCUCAAUAUGUUCUUACAUAUGUACAUCCCCCUAGUCAAAAUAUUAUAUACUCAUUAUUUUAUGCUGUUCGGCACGUGCUUUAUGCUCUGUUAGGUUCAAAUAGUCGGUCUCGCAUUAUGCUCAUAUAUUUAAUAUUAAGUCCGCAUCUUGCUCAUAUAUUUGAAUGCUAAAUAAGCUUUUAUUUAUAAGAAAUAUUAUAAGCAUACGUGUUCGUCAGUUUAAAUGCAUAUGCUCAUGCAUUUACAUAAAAUUUGUAUACUAUAGAUAUUAAUUGAUCAUUUAUAUGAAUUAUAUGUUUCUAUUAUUUGUAUUAUAUACUAUUAUAUUGUGUAAAAUAUAUAUCAUUAUCGAAUGCGCUUUAGAAGAUAUAACAUCUAAAACCAACUUCACUGUGUUUGUUAUAACUGUUUUCAGGCCCUUACCCAUACUCAUUAGUCCGUAAGGUGUGCUGUUGGUUAAGUCCAACCAUAACAGGCAAACGACAGUCCACACAACCCAGCAUCCGACAACUCAGAUAACAGUCAGAAACCCAACUCUG